UGAUGACAUCAGCUGGCGAUGUGAAGUAGGCAGUUUGCUCGUCUCUCCUCCCCAGGACCAGGCGAGGCGUCUGCGCUAUAAAAGCGGACCAGCCUCGCCUCCCCGACUCACUCCCCUCCCUGUCUAGUGCGGAUAGAGAGGCUGAGGAUGGCGACCUUAGAAGUGGACCCGGAAGCUUCGUGUAGCAAACUAAGCACAUCGCCAUCAAACACAAGCCUGACUCACCGAUUCCUCGACAAUAAGUUCUAUUUGCUAGUGGUUAUUGGGGAAAUUGUUACAGAAGACCACCUGAGAUGUGCCAUUUCAGAUAUAGAGCGAGGUAUCCGUUCCUGGGACACAGAUUUAAUAGCCUGCAACCUAGAUCAGGAACUGAAGCUCUUUGUAUCACGCCAUUCAGCUAGAUUUUCAGCAGAUGUUAGAGGCCAGAAAAUCCUUCACCACAGAAGUGAUGUCUUGGAAACUGUUGUCCUGAUCAACCCUUCAGACGAGGCAGUGAGCACAGAGGUACGCCUGAUGAUCACAGAUGCUGCCCGUCACAAGCUGCUGGUGCUAACUGGACAGUGCUGUGAAAACACUGGCGAGUUGAUUCUACAGUCUGGUUCAUUCUCAUUUCAGAACUUCAUUGAAAUUUUCACAGAUCAGGAGAUUGGAGAACUGCUAAGCACCACACACCCAGCCAAUAAAGCCAGCCUCACAUUAUUCUGCCCUGAGGAAGGCGACUGGAAAAAUACAAACCUGGAGAAACACAACCUACAGGACUUUAUCAAUAUUAAACUGAACUCAGUCUCCAUUUUACCAGAAAUGGAAGGACUUUCAGAAUUCACAGAAUACCUAUCAGAGUCGGUGGAAGUCCCGUCAUCCUUUGACGUGUUGGAGCCUCCGGCAUCUGGAGGCUUCCUGAAGUUGUCGAAGCCUUGUUGCUACAUUUUCCCCGGUGGGAGAGGGGACUCGGCCUUGUUCGCCGUGAACGGGUUCAACAUGCUUAUAAAUGGUGGUUCAGAUCGCAAGUCUUGCUUCUGGAAACUAGUUCGACACUUGGACAGAGUCGACUCGAUUCUACUCACCCACAAUGGGGCAGAUAACCUGCCCGGGGUCAACAGUCUGCUGCAACGCAAGAUAGCGGAGCUGGAAGAGGAACAGUCGCAAGGAUCCACUGCCAACAGUGACUGGAUGAAGAAUCUCAUCUCACCCGAGCUGGGUGUUGUCUUUCUUAACGUCCCCGAAAACGUGACAAACCUGCAGCCUAAUUUCCGAGUCAGGAGAAAUACCGAAGAAACUUGCCUUACUGUCCAGUACUUAAACAAAUUGUCUAUAAAGCCAGAACCCCUCUUUAGGACUGGAGGGAAUACCAUUGAUCCAGUAAUACUGUUCCAGAAAAUGGGUGUCGGGCGGCUAGAGAUGUACAUUUUAAACCCAGUGAAAGGGAGCAAAGAGCUACAAUUUUUCAUGCAACAUUGGUCCAGCAACAACCAAGCUAAAACUGGACUUGUUUUGCCAAAUGGCAAAGAUGCAGAAAUUUCAUUUCCAUACUUGACUUCAAUAUCCUCUCUGAUUGUAUGGCACCCUGCCAACCCAUCUGAGAAAAUAGUCCGAGCUCUGUUCCCAGGAAAUGCUCCACAGUACAACAUUCUGGAUGGAUUAGAAAAGCUCAAGCAUUUAGACUUCUUGAAACACCCAAUGGUAACUCAAAAGGAGCUUGUAGCUGGUUUGGCUGCCCCGACAGUGAAGCAAGCCAAGAUGAAACAACGCAGUGACAGUAAGGAGAGUCUGAAAUCCAACUCCAGGCCAUCCGUUGGAAAGGGAGUUAAGAAGGACGUCAAGGAAGAAACACCCGAGAUGACAAAAUCCUCUGUUAAUCACCAAGAGGCUGUUAUUGGGAAGCCUCAGAAGGUGGAGAAGAAGGAAAAACCUAUCGUUAAGAAGGAACGACCCAAGUCAGAAUCACAAUUUAAGCUUGAGGAGAAAGAAGGGAAGGCUAAAGUGGAACCGGCUAAACAAACUCGAAGAGAAAACGCAGAAAGAAGAGAAACCAAAGUCUGAGAGAACAAACCAAAACCGUUGAAGGAAAAAAUCGUGAAGAAGGAGGUUAAAGUAAGGAAACCCGAGGAGAAGAAAAAAGAGGAAAAGGAAGCGAAAAAAGAGAUUGCCAAGCCGGAGGCAAAAGAGGAGAAAUCUGUCGUCAAAAAGGAAAAGGUGAAAAAAGAGGAGAAGCCUAAAAAGGAAGAAGUAAAAAAGGAAGUAAAGAAAGAUAUUAAAAAAGAAGUGAAGAAGAAAGAGACACCAGUGAAAGAGGCAAAGAAGGAAGAAAAGAAAGAAAUCAAAAAGAAUGACAAAGAUGUCAAGAGAGACGUGAAAAAGCCCAUUAAGGAAGUUAAAAAAACUGUGCCCGCAACAGAGGCCAAGAAAUUGCCAAUUAAGCCCAAGGUGGAAAAGAAAAACGAGACAGGCAAGAAGGAAGAUGCUGCCGCAAGUAAACUCAAAGGAAAAGCAAAACUAAGCAAGAAAGAAGCCAAGGUUGAAACUGCAGCUGCGGCAGGAGUUGCUGUAGCAGCGGCAGCUGUAGCAACCGCAGUAGUAGCAGCAGCUGCUGCAGUUACAGAACUUGAGAUCGAACGAUCACUAAUGUCCUCACCAGAAGACUUAACAAAGGACUUUGAGGAACUUAACAAAGAAGAGAAAAAAGACACCCAGGUAUCUCCUGUGGCAGUAGAGACCUCCAUGCAGGAUGAAGUGCAAGCGGAAAAGAUAGGCCUCACGAUUCACAGAGAUGCUUUAGAUAUCGAUGAAUCUCCCGAUGAAGGAAUAACAACUACUGAUGCCGAAGGUGAAUUUGAACAAUCUCCUCAAGAGUACAUUGAGGCUGAAAAUAAGGAGACCUUAGAACGAUUUGAGGAUGAGGGUGCAGCUUUUGAAGAGUCCUCCGAACCUGGAGACUAUGAAGAGAAGGCAGAGACCGAAGAUGUUGAUGAGCUAGCAGGAUCAGUGGACAAGAUGCUUCCCAACAAAACUGUGCUGGAGCACGUGGCUAGCGGAGAGAAAGCUGAGGCUGAGGACCUCGAAGCAGAAGAAUUGAUCGAAAACGAGGAACCAGUUGAUGUUGACGAGAUGGCAGAGAAAGAAGAGACUGAAGAUUCGGAAGUGGGAGAUGAUCAUAGGGAACGGGAGGAUAUGCUUCUUGAAAAGGCUGAGACUGAAGAAGAGGCAGAGGAUGAUGACAACAAAGCAGAUUACAGCAAAGAACUGUAUGAAGAGAAAGAGAGAUGUGAGGUUAAAAGCACUGAGGUGAAUAAAAUCCCAUCUCCCAAUGCACUUCUGGAUAAAUUCUCUGCACUUCAUUCUUCGAUCAUUGAUCAAACAAUGUCUAUUCGUAAUGAGACAAUACCUACUGAUUUUGAGAGUGAAACUACAGCCUCUGAUGAGGAAGUCCACGAUGACCCCCCUGAAGAAUUUACAGCUACGUCUGGCUUUACUCAGUCUACGAUUGAGAUUUCUAGCGAGCCCACCCCAAUGGAUGGAAUGUCCACACCCAGGGACAUAAUGAGUGACGAGCCCAACAAUGAAGAAACCGAGUCUCCAACUCAGGAGUACGUUAGCGUAACAAAGUUUGAGACAACUGUCAUUUCACAGAGUCGUGAAGGAACCAAGCUUUCUCCCGUCCCCGACACUUACAACGGGUUCUCAUUAGAAAUUACAAAAACCGAUGUGACACAGGGCGAGGAUUACCCAGCUUCUGCCUCAACAAUAUCUCCUUCAUCUUCCUUGGAAGAAGACAAGUACUUCAAACCACCACCAGCCAGCAUUUGUAUUCCGAAACGUGAGGAGUAUGAGAAACAGGACGAAUUAGAGCUUGAGAAGAUAGAGAAUCAAAUAAAGAACUUUGAGGCCAAAUUAAGCCCUGCAAGGAGUCCAGCUGAAUCAUCACCACAAUCUCGGACACCAUUAAGUGAUCGUAAUAUCAACUUUGAUUUGACUCCAUCAGAAAUCAAGGCAUCCGCUGAUCUUCCACCUUUGGAACCUGAAGUGCCAGGUGAUCAUUGUGCAAGUCCUGAAGAGAAAACGUUGGAGAUGGCAUCACCCAUGCAGUCUGGAACGCCCAGUGCUGGUCACACCCCAUUUCAUCAGUCACCAAUAGACGAGAAAAACAAAGUUCCAGCUGAGGUAACGACAAAGUUCCCGACGCCCAUCAUCAUCGAGACAGAUGACACGAAGGUGGAUGAGACCAGUCCGAGGUAUAGUCCGAUGGACGAGCCGGUACCUGAUUCGGAAUCGCCUGUUGAGAAAGUUCUGUCUCCACUGCGUAGUCCUCCAAUGUUGGGCUCCAGUUCUCCCGUCGACAGCUCUCCCAAUGACGGAGAGGAGUUCCCAGUGCAGUUCCUGGAAGGUGCAAUGGAACUCACGAGUGACAAACUCAAGCUUCUGUCCUCGCCCCGACUCUAUCCAUUCAAUGAACUCCAGUCCAGCCCUGCCGCCCACGACAAAGAACAGGCAGCCGACUUCGAGUUGUUGACUCCCAAAGACAGUUUCAGCCAGAAGCGGAAACUGGAAGGAAGCGCCGCCGGUGCGUUUGUGUCGCUGGGCCCGUUCGAAGCGCAUAAAACCGGAGGUGAGCUCUCCCCGACAUUAGUGGACAUCAGCCAGAUUGGGUCCGUUAAAGAAGACAGCAAAAUGUCCAUCUCUGAGGGAACCACGUCAGACAAGUCAGCUACCCCUGUCGAUGAGGUGGUGGCAGAAGACACUUACUCUCACAUCGAAGGGGUUGCUUCAGCUUCAACAGCAUCCCUGGCCACAAGCUCUUUCCCGGAGCCCACAGCUGACGACGUUUCCCCCUCACUGCAUGCAGAAGUUGGCUCUCCGCUCUCAACUGAAGUAGAUGAAUCCCUCUCCGUAUCUGUUGUGCAAACGCCCACCGCAUUCCAAGAAGCAGAGGUGUCUCCUUCCAGAGAGGACUGCCCGAGGCCCAUGUCUAUUUCCCCCCCAGAGGUCUCUCCAAAAACUGCAAAAUCCAGAACGCCCGUGCAGGAAGUCCGCUCUCCCGAACACUCCACAAUGUCCGUGGAGUUCAGUCAGGAAUCUCCCGAACAGUCUUUAGCUUUGGACUUCAGCAAGCAGUCUCCUGAGCAACCCUCCUUUAAUGCCGGCUACCACCACAUAUCCGAGAAUGGACCAACUGAGGUGGAUUAUAGUCCAUCUGACAUUCACGAAACGGGAUUCAUGCAUCACGUUCUGCCCACGCAUGAAAAACCAUUCUACUGUCAAGAUAAGGACCAUCUCCAAUUUGGUUCGACACCUCCGACAGAGGCGUCUCCAACAACUUCGUCUGCUCGCACUCCUCAGACAAGUUCUCCACUCCAGGAGGAGUUUGGUGUUUGUACCUCCCUCUCAUCCGCCAUCUCCUCUGCAAGAGUCAUGAUUGACGGGGAGACAUUACUGUCAGAGAGGCUCCCAGCCCCCUGUUCACCACGGACAACUUCCCUGCUGCAUGAAAAGGAGGAUUUACAGAUGUUUGAUGUUUCUCAGCCUCUCUCACUUGCGAAGGACGUAUCUCACCUUCACAGUUCCGUUUCUCCCGUCGCACGCCUCGGGCAGGAGAAAUCUCCAACGGGGUCAUCGAUAUUUUCUUCUUCAGAGCAGGUGGCUGCUGUGUUUGCGACACAUUCAUACCAAGAGUCUUCCUUCACAGGAAGCAAACAUCCAGAAAUGCAAAUGGACGUUGAAGAGAUGGAGACAUUCGUCAGCAAACAAGAUAAAGUCAAAGAGGUUUACGAGGUUGAAGAUGGACCUUUCACACCCAGAACAGAGGUUCAACAUGGCGCUGAUAAAUGCUUUAAAACUCCUUCUUCAUUCAAGCUCAAUAUGGCUGAUCUCUCCCCUUCUUUCAUCAACCCAAGCCCCUUAGAAUUUUUUGAACAAGAAGAUGCCCUUAACGACGCCCUUGUCGAAAGGCCCUUGACCCAAGGUGGAGAUGCUCAGCCUCCGCCUGGUGGGAAGCAGCAGGCACGUCAAUGUGAUGACACUCCAGGCACGUCCAUCAGUGAGUCAGCUCCUUCACAGACUGAUUCGGAUUUCCCCCCCGGGACGGAAGAGUGCCCUUCCAUCACCGCGGAUGCUGCCUUAGACUCCGAGGACGAGUCCGAGACCCUUCCGACGGACAGAACCCUGGUUCACCGGCAGAUGGACCCCCCGCCUGCUCUCUUAAAGGACCCCAGCCCGCCUCCCCCGCACCCUGGCGUGUGCAUGGUCGAUCCCGAGGCACUGCCCAUCGAGCAGAACAAUGCCAAGGCUGAUAAACCUUUGAAGAAGGAGGUGAAGGAAAGAACAAAGACUAAAAAGCAGGUCAUGAAGACAAAGUCUUCCUCUCCUUCCAGGAAAUCUGACAGCAAACCAAAGCAUCCCAGUGCUCCUUCCCGAACAAACGUGCUCGCGUCGGCUAAGGAAACAGCCGAUAAAACUGCAAAAUCAGCUUCUCCGAAGAAGGAUUCGGUGGAGAAGGGCUCCAAAGCGAGCACCAACCCAGAGGUGAAAGCUGCUCGAGGUGAUGACAAGGAAGCAAAGAAUGCGACUAACACCACCAACUCAAAGUCUGCACACACCACUAAAAACCCAGGUUCCAGCAGCAAUAAGACAGCGAGCGUGCCGUCAGUGCCUUCUGGACCUCCAGUGUACCUUGACCUGGUGUACAUUCCAAAUCACUGCAGUGCCAAGACUGUGGACGCCGAGUUCUUCAAGCGAGUGAGAUCUUCCUACUAUGUAGUGAGUGGAAACGACCAGGCAGCCGAAGAACCCAGCAGGGCUGUUCUGGAUGCCCUCCUGGAGGGCAAGUCUCAGUGGGGCAGUAACAUGCAGGUUACCCUAAUUCCAACCCACGACUCUGAAGUAAUGCGGGAAUGGUACCAGCAAACCCACGAGAAGCAGCAGGACCUCAACAUCAUGGUGCUGGCCAGCAGCAGCACUGUGGUCAUGCAAGAUGAAUCGUUCCCUGCAUGCAAGAUCGAACUGUAAUGGGGAGUCCCACAGAAGCGGAACAUUCAGCCAGUUGUUUAAGGGGAAGCACUCAAGUGGAAAUUUAAAACAAAAGAGGAAAGCAGAUGUAACUCAAUGUCUGCUGAAUACUGUACGAUAGAUUUGUUAUACAGGUCACUAGGGUGUAACACUUUCCAGACUAUUUCGUUCCUAUGCUGAAGCAAAAUUUUCUUAUUGUUAAAAAAAAAAAUACAGGGUUUAAAAUACUUGGAUCUGUCAUACCCUGAAUCCAUCGAUUUGUGGUGUGGGUAAUAUUGAUUCCAACUUAUUUUCUUUGUCUAGACAACAUUGCAAAUGGGCAAUCUUUACCAUGGUAAAAAAUAAUCGCCAUCUCUAACAGCAGUAGUUUUGAAGUGUGAAAUGUAGCUUUUUGAUGAUCAUAUUGUUGAGGCCAGACCAUAUAAUACUCUGAACUCCACAUGGAAACACUAUCUUUCACCCAUCCUGGACUCACGAGUAUUUUGAACCCUAUUCACGUAACCAGGCGAUCCCCUCCCACACAAAUGCAGAAAUAUUUAACUAAGGCAUGUUUCCUGUGUACCAGCUUCUUGACAAAUUUAAUUCUGCAUAUGAACAUGGCAUAUUGCCAUUAAGCCUUGAUAAAACUGCAUGCUUUAAAUCAUUGACAGCUAAUAUACGUAAGCAGAGACCAAAGGAGUUGGGAGUACACAUACUAGUCAUUUUGCCUUAGACAGUGACUUGAAUGUAAUGUGAUCUAGGUUGCACUUUUUUUUAAAUGGGAAGUGAAUAAGGCAAACAACAGGCAGUGAAGGCCAGCGUAGGACGGUAGUUUUGAGAAGUACUGUUAUUUGUGUGUGUGUGUGUGUGUGUGUGUGAAUGUGUCCGUACUUGUAAACAACAACACGAUUUCCCUGAUGACCAGUCAUAGAAGGUGUUCAAACGUGACGUACACUUUUUUGAUUUCAGAGGUAGUUGUUGAUAAGAAGCACAGGUACAGAUGGAAUUGGGUAUGGAGAAAAAAAAUCACAAGUGAGCAGAAAGUUUUAUUUUGUUUUUGUUUUGCUUAUGUGACAUAUUAUUGGUAAGUAGCCUUCAUUCUGUUUAAAUUACUUAGUUUCUACUUUUCAUCCAAAAAUAGCAAAGUAAAGGUUCACUUGUUGGGUGCAUUAUGUUGACUGAAAAAGGGUGUGUUUUUUUUUGUAACUGGCGAAACUAUAGUUCUGAGCAUUAUCUUUUUAGGGCCGUAUUUAUAACCUGUAUAGCUUUCCUUUAACAGUACUACAUCCAAGUUUGUAUCAGUCUGGUAUUGUGCAGUCACUGGUGUAAUUCUGUUAAUAAUGUACAGCUCAAAUCUGAAUUAAUUAUGUUUUAAUUCACAUUUGAUAAAGAUCCAACAGUGGAACAAUAGUUUAUAUAUCUUCUCCAACGUGUUGUACCUGCGAAGCAUUUAUAAAUUAUAAAAGAUGAAUUUAUCUGGAACAUAAGUUCCAUUUACUUGUGUCGUGCACUAGACUAGUGAACAGAAUCGGAAUAUUUGGGUCAAUGAUAUAGUGGUUGAAAAUAUUGGAUCAGUUGUAGCUUUAACAUAAAUUAAAAUGUGUGUGCAUCUGUUUGUUUCGUGUUACUAUAAUGAUAAGGACUGAUUAGCUAAAGACAAAAGUAGUGCUCAACAAAUGGCCAAUAUUUCAAAUCAACAUUAUUUCCAACAAUUGUUGUCGUUUAUCAGCUUUUAUUUCUAGUUGUAUGAUUGGAGUCCACAUCAGCCAUUUAGGGAACUGAGAUGAAUGCAAAUUUCCUCUUUGUAGAUCAUGAUUUUAAUUCCUUCUCCUGAAUCUUUCCUGGAAAGCCCAGCAAGUGACCUCGUGUAUAUUUUUGAAUGCUAUAUUUUUGUUUGAAGAAUGUAUUUGGUGUAUAUUUUAGGAAAUAUAUUUUGUUUAUUGAAUUUUUGGGGAAAUUGAUUUUAUGAAAAUCUGAAGUGACUAAACAUACAAAUGAAAUACAGUGGUUCUGUUUUACUCUGAUGCAUGGUAGUGUAGUGUAACACUCCAUGUUACAAGGUGUGAAUGUGCAGCGUUAACGAUACUCUGAAACCCAUUAUUUUCUGAUUUGUUUUGAUUAAUUUUUGUAUUCUUACUUUUUCAAGGCUUGCAGUCUUCCAGUUAAAGACCCUUUUUAACUGGGCUGUAGAAUACCAUGUAAAUCUUGGUGAUAGGAUUGUAGUUUUUUUUAAUACCAAAAAUAGCAGUAGUCUGCUGUGAAAAAUUGCGUACUUGUAUCUCCAGCCGAAUCUGCAGGAUCAGUAAUUGCAUUGAAUUGAAACUGGUAUCACGCGCCGUUCAUAUUUAUUGAUGCUUUGUUGAGAUCUUUGGAUUGGAUUCAAACACUAUGUCCUUCGACAAGUGUUGAAAGGCACUCACACAGUGAUGCAGGGCACCGUCAGCCAAACUUCCAAUAGGGGUUGCCACUCACACACGUGGACCCUCACUGCAUUUACAUAAUGGAAUCGUUUCCAUGACAUGUAACAAUUGAUCAGUGCACGAGGUUAGUGAAAAGUUAUUGACUUUUUGGGUAAUUCAUUAUAUCCGAUUGAUCGUUGUUCUCUAUUGUGGUCGCAAAAUAAUAUCCACUGUUGGAUCUAGUAAUUGAGCCUUAGUCGGGAAUUAGAUGCCAUUUGACCCCACGGAUUGUAACUCUGCCAGAUGUACAGCUGCUUUCCCAUGGAUAUGACCUCAUUUUUGUAUUGUAUGUUUUUUUUAAAAAGAAAGCUGAUUAUUUUAUUUUUAAAUACUUUUGUGAACAAAAGUGUGAUGCGAAUUAGUUUUAACAAAAAAUGAAAGCAUGUUUAUGUUUGCACUGUUUUUGUACACAGCUUUCCUAAUAUGGACGGGCUUCUUUCAAAUCAAACUUCAUUGCUCUAGAACUUUAGACAGAUGAACUUUUGCAAUAUUGCAUAUGUAUUAUACAGUUUAGUAGUUGUAGUAUUUUAUUUGCAGAUGUUGCUCCAGAUCGUUUAUUUGAUAAGCAUUAUUGAACACAUAGUUUUAACUUAUUUGUCUUUGCUAUUUUAAAAACACCCUUUUCAAUUUAGCUUAUAAUUAUUGCUAACAGUAAUUUUAAAUGCAUUUAUAGGCAUUUGUUUUGUAACAUUAUAGAUUAUUGGUAACUAAAUUCAAGACUGUACUUUUAAAGGACAGACUCACCCUAAUUCUAAUAGAAAUUUAAAUUGUCAGUGACCAUGUAUUUGAGAAUUGGUUUGUUUGCACUGCUAAAAGCUGCUGAUGUUGGAAACUGGGUGAUGUUGCUCAGUCAUACUGCUCACGUUCACUGCACUACAGGGUAACAGAACUUAGCUUCCAGGUAAUUAUGCUGUAAGGACAAAGAGAAGCCCCUGAUAUUUGCGCUGAACACGAUUUUCUUUUAAAUCGAUGAAUGAAGCAUCAAGCCACUCUUGCACAUCAUCUGUCAGCUAGGUCAUGAACAAUUGAGUGUAGGUUUGGAGCAGAUAGUAGGUAGGGAGGGAGAUGUGAUGGCUGAGGAACAGUGAUGGUGAAAUAAGAGAUAGUAAGGAGGGAAAGUUAAACAUCAAUUAUGUCUCAAAGCCUUUUUCAUCUGCUUUCUUCCCUUAUGCUCACUACACACUGAGUAACAAUUAUAGAGUCUUACAGCGUAGAAACAGGUCCUUCAGCCCAACUUGCCCACAGCGGCCAACAUGUCCCAGCUACACUAGUCCCACCUGCCUACGUUUAGUCCAUAUCCCUCCAAACCUGUCCUAUCCAUGUACCUGUCUAGAUGUUUCUUAAACGUUAAGAUAGUUCCUGCUUCAACUACCUCCUCCGGCAGAUUGUUCCAUACACCCACCACCCUUUGUGUGAAAACGUUAUCCCUCAGGUUCCUAGUAAAUCUUUCGCCCCUCACCUUAAAGCUAUGUCCUCUGGUUCUUGAUUCCACUACUCUGUGCAUCUACCCGAUCUAUUCCUCUCAAUUAUUCCAGGAUUUUAAAACUAAAUUCUAAAACUUCAAGGAUAUGGUCAAAAUGGCCUGUAACAUUGGAGAACAUCAUUAGCACCACUGCAAUUGAUCUGAAGAAUGUCAGCACUGAUUUUGAAUCCUCUGGUUUCUUGAUGCUAGUAACUUAGUAGCAUUCAAACGAGUUGGAACAAGAAUAUUUUUCAAGAUUUAAUUCCACUAUAACCUAUAGCUUUCUGACUACAAAAUUAGUAAUUGCAACAUCAAAAAAGCAAUUUAUUUUUUUAAGCUCCUUUUCUAAAAGAAUGGCUUUUUCAAAGCUGUACAGCCACAAUGGGCUUACUGACCUUCUGUGCUGUAUGGUCCUAGUCCAGAAUCAGUGGUUGCAAUUAAAAACAUUGUCGGAGAAACAUUAAUGUGAAUGAAUUUGUAACAACUGUUUCGGAUAAAUUACCUUUCCCUGUACUUCUAUAAAUCCAUAAUUAAACCACGAGCAGUUAGUUGUGCUAUGAUAGAGUAAGUACUGUGAGAAUGUGCAUGUGGCAUGAUGUUUAUUGGUGUCCCUGUAGAAAAUGUUUUGUGGAGACAGACUUACUUCAAGUUUCUUUGAAUAGUUCUGGUUGAAGAGGCUUGUAAUUUGCCCAGAUCGAAUUGCAUAUUAUGCAGAAGCAGCUGUGUAGCUUUUCCUAACGGUACACAUUUUUUAGAUGAGAGGUGCAGCUCCCCAUAAUAAAUGCAUUUUCUCAUUUAUUAUCACCCAAUAUUAUGUGAUAUGUUUUCCAGGAUCAUUUAAAAAGAUCAAGACCUGUUCUUGGAAGAAGUAUCAGUCGCUGUAACUAGUGUAGGGCAGCUUAUAUAGAGUGGUGAGGAAUGAAUGGUCAAAGGGAGGUCUUCAUUUAAAAAAAUAAACAAGUUACAUUUGAUUACUGCACGCGGCUUAGUUUCCUGUUUCAUGUUUACAUUUCCUAAAGACAAAGAAGGGUAAUUUUACUGAGUUGGAAAAAUCAAUUGUGUAAUUGUGAGAUUGCAUCUUCGUAAUAGUAAAUAUCACCAGUGAAAAGGAAUUUAAUUAGUAACCGCUGCUGUGGCAAGCACUGGUAUCUCCAUGGUAGAUUUUAUGGAACAUGUUGAGCUGAAUUCGGCAAUGUAAUAUACAUUUUCUUUUUCUGUGUGCUAUUUUUAAAUGCCUCCAAACUCACAAUAUCCGUAAGGUGAAAAUGAUUGCUUACUUCUGAUGGUUUUUCUGGGAGCCUUGGGGAUCUGAGAACAAGGCAUAUGAAUCGCAAUUACUAAGUGGGUUUGAACAUGUUACAUUCCAACAACCAACCUUUUUUUGAAAUAGACAAUCCACUGAUAUCUUGCCAUGGUUAAUUUUCUUCCAGAUUUAUAUACCGUAUUCUAAACUAACGCACUGGGUUCUAGUGACACAAUUGUUCAUAUUCCACUUGCUGAUUUAAAGGUAGCAAUGCAAUUCAUUCCCACCUUACCACAAAUAUAUGCCCGUUAUGAUACUCUGUAGAUGAAAAGGGUGUGUGUUGUGAAGUUUGUUUUAAUAUAACAGAUAAAAAUAUGAGUGCAUUAAUAAAAUUGGCAUAGGCUGGUGUGAGGGAAUUUGCUCACUUUUAGAUUUUAGAAUGAAUGGGUGUUUGGGAUUUUGAGUGUUUUUUAAAAACAAAACUCAUUGUAAAUGUUUGGCACGUUCACUGACAUGAUGAUACAAAGCAAUGCUGUUUAUGGGAUGUUUGUGACAUUACAACAUAAUCGUGACCAAAAACUGUUAAUGCCUAACCCUGGGUAAAGUGAUUGCAACCAACAUUGUGACUGUCCAAAAUUACUCUCAUCCUUAAUUCACAGAAAUUCUGCUGAUGACUAAAAAAAUAUAAAAUAAAUGGACUGCGAACAUAAAGAAUCUGCUUAAACACUUGCAUGCAGUUUUAUCUUCCAGAGAUGGAAAGCACCAGUCUUACAGCUGGCUGAGCAGCAACUCAAUCCUCCCAUUAUCUGAAUAAUGUUUUAUGUGUCAAACUGCAGCUGUGUAUGGUAUUUAUGUCUUAUAAUCCUGCAAAAUUCUAUCCAGUCAUAUCUAAUGUAGAACUUAGUUUUCAGUGAAAGUAUUAUGUAGUGCUUUUCAGAUAUUGUGUGCAAUAUCCCCUGCCACUGGAGUAUUUGAUGUAAAGGGAACAAUUAAAUUAAAAUCCACAAUAAAAUGAAA